UACUAAUUUUCCACGUGUUUUGGUUAGGAUUAUGACAAGCUAAAACAUUCAGUUUUUUAUAUGUUAUAGUUUCAUCAUUAAUGUCAUAAUUAUUAGGAACAACAUGAAACCUACAAGAGAUAAGCAUCACAGACGAGUACCAAUUAGUAAAGAAAAAUUGCAAAGAUACAGUAAGGGCGAAGGAAUUGACAUAGAACGGAAAAAGUUCAAGUUUAACAAAGCAAUAAAAGAAAAAUUACGAAAGAAGGAAGUUGCUUUUGAAGAUACUGUAAAGAAUGCUGCAAGGACUGAGUUGCUUUUAACAGAGGACUAUGGUUCUUUGGAAGCUAAUGCAGGAGAAGUAACAGUACAAUAUAAUCAAAAACAAAUUGCAGACAAUGUGGACAUAACUAGUGCAGCUAAACAUUUCAAUUUAGACCUAAGAUUUGGACCAUAUUCUAUAAGAUACACAAAAAAUGGUAGACAUUUAGUAUUUGGUGGAAGGAGGGGCCAUGUAGCUGCCAUAGAUUGGGUGACCAAAAAAUUACACUGUGAAAUAAAUGUAAUGGAAUCAGUACAUGAUGUAUCAUGGUUGCAUGUGGAAACAAUGUUUGCUACAGCUCAAAAAGAAUGGGUUUAUAUAUAUGACAAUCAAGGAGUUGAACUUCAUUGUUUAAAAGGAAUGCACAGAGUGAAUAAGUUAGAAUUUUUACCUUAUCAUUUUUUGCUAGCCAGUGCAUCUAGAGUAGGUUACUUGGCAUGGCUAGAUGUUUCUGUAGGCAAAAUGGUAGCCUCCUAUCAUGCCAAAGUAGGAAACAUAGCAGUAAUGACACAAAAUCCAACUAAUGCUGUACUCUGUGUGGGCAGUUCAACAGGAGUAGUUUCUAUGUGGUCCCCAAACAUUAAACAACCAUUAGUAAAAAUGUUAUGCCAUACUCAUGGGGUAUCUUCUUGUGCAGUUCAUCCUUAUGGAACUUAUAUGGCAACUAGUUCUGCUAAUAAAUCUGUAAAAAUAUGGGAUAUCAGACAGUUAGUAGGUCCAGUGCAUAAUUAUUUAACGCGCGCUCCUGUUCAGCAUUUAUCUUACAGUCAAUGUGGACAAUUAGCAAUGGCAAUGGGAAACGUAGUAGAAGUAUAUCGAUUGUCGGGCAAAGAAAUGAAACCUUAUUUGCGUCAUCGAGCUGGAUGGUCCGUAUCAAGCAUGCAGUUCUGCCCAUAUGAAGAUGUAUUGGGCAUUGGUAUAGUAAAAGGAGUUUCCUCUCUUUUAGUACCUGGAAGUGGUGAGGCUAAUUUCGAUGCUCUCGAAAGUAAUCCAUUCCAGACUAAGACACAGAGACGCGAAGCCGAAGUGAAGGCUCUAUUAGAUAAGAUUCAACCAGAAUUAAUUUCUUUGGAUCCAAUUGCUAUAACAGAAGUAGAUGUGCCUACAUUGAAAGAUAAAAUAAAUGCUCAAAUGAAUAUUUUGCAUCUUAAACCAAAGAGGAUAGACUUUACACCUCGUAAAACAAAAGCUAAAGGAAAGGGAGGCACGGCUGCAGUAAUUAAAACUAAACGGAUUCUGAAGGACCUCAGUCGGAAGGAAACUAUUAAUAUAAUUCGUCGAGCAUCAGACAUUCGACCACAAGUAGAAAAAGUAGAAGUACCUACAAAAGAUUAUGGAGUAUUAAAUAGAUUUUUACCAAAAUCUGGUAAAAGUAAUACUAGGUAACACAAUAUCGUGUUGUGUAUAGGAUGCAAUUAUAUUUUAUAACUUUUGUUAUUUAAAUUCUU